UUAUCGCAAUGUUCAUUUCCAUUUCAUGCGUGGCAACAAGUAUAAAAUACUAAAAAAGCUAGGAAAAGGUUCCCAUGGUACGGUGGUGUUGGCAGAAGAUCAAGAAACACUUCAAAUGGUUGCUAUAAAGAGAAUACGUCAGCAGUUUUGCUCAUAUGAAGAAAGCUUGUCAUCAAGAGAACUCCAGAUUCUCAGAGAACUUCAUCAUCCAAAUAUAAUAGCACUACUGGAUGCAUUUUAUGAAGACGGCAGAUUGUAUCUUGUCCUCGAAUAUCUUGAAAGUAACCUGUGCGACUUACUAAAGAAAGAAAAUCGAAGAUUACUUUCACAUGGCACUUCCAAUAGGACACAAGGCAUGAGGGAAGACGAGAUACGACUCAUCACAUCAGCAUUAUUACAAGGACUAUCCUAUAUCCACAAACAAGGGUUUGUACACAGGGACCUAAAACCUGAAAAUAUCUUAUGUUCUAAAACUGGAGCAUAUGGACCCGUAAAAAUUGCGGAUUUUAGUCUAGCUACACAGUACUGUACUGAUGAGAGACAUUCACCAAUCAGAGCAAUGACGGGAUACGUAGCUACUCGUUGGUAUCGUGCACCUGAGCUUUUACUGCUUAAUUCUCCAAUAACUGCUGCAGUGCCAGGUGGAAGGCUUGACACAAAAGGACUUCAAGAAAUGAAUAGAUUUGCGCCAUCUGCAGAUAUGUGGUCGCUAGGUGUCAUCUUUGCGGAGCUGCUUCUGGGAUAUCCUAUCUUUCCUGGUAAAACUGAAGAACAACAACUUCGUCUGAUUGCACAAGUACUAGGAACACCGCCUAUUCCCGAGGAAAUUUUUCAUGAAGCCAACAAAAGAAUAAUUAAGAGUUUCAACAAACAAUUAUUCGGAAGUUCACUAAAACCUCCACCACGAGUUCCGUUCCGGUAUCGGGUCCAGAGUCUAAUGAAGGUACUUCUGCCUCCUACAGCACCGCAACCACUCCAACAACUCUUUCCUGAUACAAGUCCAGAAGCAAUUCAAAUUGUAUCAGAUUUAUUAGUAUACGAUCCUGCGAUAAGACCCAGUGCCUCUGAAAUACAGCGCUAUGAAUUUUUCGACAGAUUGAGAACUGAGGCCCAUUUCAUGGAAAGUAAAGAACUGCUAUAUAACGUACAAAACCAAAAUAUGAGAUUUUCUCUGGGUUUUUUUCGACCAUUAUUACCGUCAGAUGAGGUUCCAUAUUUAAACUCACAAGAUCUACGUGACCCAUGUGAGGACGAAUGUUACUCCAAUGUAAUGCAUGAAGAUUCAAAACCAAGCGUUGAGUCAAAAAAGUUAGUUGGACGGUACCCAAACAUUUCCUUUAAGUUUUCAUUAAGACCUUGAUACAAAAAUUAUAAAGCCAUUCCAAAAAAU